UGAUACUUCACAGGUUCAGAUCUUGUUGCCUGUUUCACACUCUCUCCAGUCGUGUGAUUCAAGGCAGCCAUUAGCUAGGAGUGUGACAGCUGGCUGCAGUUCUGGGAGAAGCAAUCACUUACACUCUUGGUGAGACUGAAAAUGAUACUUUGUACAGUGGUCAUGCUUAUAGCAGUGGUUAUUCAAGAAGUUCGCUCACAAGUUUGUUUUUCAGCAUGUGGACAGCCGGUGAUCAAGAGCCGAAUUGUGGGAGGAGCUUAUGCAGUACAGGGGGCAUGGCCAUGGCAGAUCAGCUUAAAGUGGAAUGGUUCACAUAUAUGUGGAGGAUCUCUCAUAGCAGCUGACUGGGUUGUGACAGCAGCUCACUGCAUUACACAACCACACAAUGCAAAUGCUUAUGAAGUGAUUUUGGGUGACUAUGAAUUAACAGUUCCUAAUAUUAACAGAAUUAUCCUUGGAGUCAGUAAGAUAUAUGUCAGUGAGUGGUAUCUUACUGCACAAACGGGUAAUGACAUUGCACUCUUACAGCUUGACCAGAACGUGACAUUUACUGACUAUGUCCUUCCAGUAUGUCUGCCCAGUUCCACUGUUCAGUUCCCAGACGAAACAAUGUGUUGGGUCACAGGAUGGGGUAUCACAAAAUCACAAGCCUCUAUCGCAUAUCCCAAGUUACAAGAAGUCGAGCUACCAAUCAUAAAUCAGCCACAGUGUGACUGCCUUUAUCAUGUAAAUACUAACACCAGCCAAAGUUCACUGAGAGUUUAUUCUAAUUCCAUAUGUGCAGGAUACACUCUUGGUGGAAAGGACUCCUGCAAGGGUGAUUCUGGGGGACCCCUUGUUUGCAAGAAGGAAGGUAUCUGGGUAUUGGCUGGAAUUGUAAGCUGGGGAGACAAGUGCGGAGAGCCAAACCGUCCCGGAGUGUAUACACAAGUUGCAGCUUUCCAGACAUGGCUUCAGAGUAAACAACCAGGUCUGCAGUUUGUGAACUUCAACCAGACAGUCACUUCAGCCCCUGGAAGUAGGCUGUGUGACUAUCAGAGUGGAAUAGCAAUGAAGCUACAUGACAAUGUGGAAAUUGUGAGCCCCAUGCAAACUACCCAUAAUUCUGCCAGUAUCAACUGUGUCUUUUCUCAUUUGCUUGCUGUUACAUUUGCCAUAGUCCAGCAAUACAGUGGAAAUGUGGGUCAAUUAGUUGGAUUUGGAAGCUUAUCAAAGAUGAGUCCUCAAGACAUUUUAUGUAAGCCAGUUGUUGCUAAGAUUAAAAUCAUUAUUGGCUUGAUAAAGGUGAGAAGUGCAGCAGGGAUACUGGUCAAUGACCUAGAGAAAGCAAACCCACAGAGUGAUGCAGGUGGUUACAGUGGAGGCUCCCUGGUCACAAAAGUGGUGUGUGAUGAGGUCACAGAUGGGGAGUGCACAGUGUGCAAUACUCAGUGGCUUAAGCAUGUGGAUCUGAAAGGUGAUUUAUUUAAAGAAGAUAACCAAGAUGUGGAAAAACAGGUUUUGUCUAUUUCAUCUCUUCCCUGCUUACACAUCAUUGAGUUGUAUUUUUCAGUUCCUCAUUCCUUGUUUACAAGCUCAGCGACCUUCCUUCAUCAAAAUCAUGGGACAGUAGUUAAUAAGUACAAAACUUGUUGUUUCUGCAAACUGUUGACCAGAACUUGUUAUCCUUGCACAUAUCUAGAGUGGAGCACAGCAGUUCUUCGUACUCUGGAAGAGUCACAGAUGGGUUUAUAUGUUACAGCUGUGUUUUUAACCAUAUGCCUAGGUAUUCAGGAGUGUGACACACAAGCAUGUGGACGCCCAGUUUAUAACAGUCGGAUAGUGGGAGGGACUGAUUCAGAACCAGGGGCGUGGCCAUGGCAAAUCAGCUUACGGUACAAUAAUCAACAUAUAUGUGGAGGGUCUCUUAUAGCAUCUGAAUGGGUUAUCACAGCAGCCCACUGCAUUCAACAUCCAUCCAGCGUGAGCAGUUAUAAAGUGGUCUUAGGAGGAUAUCAGUUGCAAAUAACCAAUGCAAACAUGGUCAUACUAAGCAUCAGUAAUAUAUUUGUCAAUGAAGACUUCGACAUCGUUCAAGAUGGCAAUGACACUGCUGUCUUAAAGCUUUCUCAAAGCGUGACAUUCAGCAGCUACAUCCUGCCAGUAUGUCUGCCUAGUUCCACUCUUCAGUUCCCAGAUGGCAUGUUGUGUUGGGUCACUGGCUGGGGUACUAUCGCAACAGAUGUCUACCUUCCUUACCCUCAGACCUUGCAAGAAGUGCAGAUGCCUAUCAUAAACCAGCCGCAGUGUGACUGUCUUUAUCACACGGGUACUUCCUACAGUAAAAACACACGGAUUGUAAAUUCUGAUGCCAUAUGUGCUGGGUACACAGUUGGACAAAAGGACUCCUGUCAGGGAGACUCUGGUGGACCCUUGGUAUGCAAAAUAGAUAAUAUGUGGGUGCUUGCAGGACUUGUGAGUUGGGGAGAAGGUUGUGCUCUCAAAAACCGUCCUGGAGUAUACAUACGUGUUGCAGCAUUCCAAAAGUGGCUUCAAAGUAAGGUGCCUGGACUACAGUUUGUGACAGCGACUGAGACUGCCACAUCUUCUGCAAGCAGCCUCUGUCAAUACCAGAAUGGAAAAGCACUGAAGCUUCAAGACAAUGGAAUCCCAGUGAAGAGCAAUAGUACGGGGAACAAUAAUGAUAAAAAUGUAUCCAAUUCUGCUAUAGCAAAGCGUGUUUCUUCCUUAAUGUUUGUUCUAAGUUCAUUUGUUGCUGCUACCUUGCUACUUAUAUAGAAUGACUGAAAUGCAGCUCCUCUCAGCCACAGAAAUGAAAGAAGAAAAAAGGUCUUCACUACAAGCCAACAAAGUGCUUAUGAACAAAAUUAGAGGCUUUGCUUAGCACGUCAUUCAUUCUACAGGAACUGUUCCAAAAUAGAUGUAUCGAGGGAUCUAAGUUUGUAAAUCUUACAAGACCGUGUGUGUGUGUGUGUGUGUGUGUGUGUGU